CCCGUAUGUGUGGCGAGUGACAGCUGCUGCCUUGGGUUGAUUGUGUUUUGUUUUAACAUAUUUUUAAAGGGGAGAGCAGUCUUGGUCAUCAAGAGCAGCGUAAUGGACCACAGUAUGGAUUGUAGAGCUCUGUCGCCCAGUGUCGCUGUCAGUGGAGCAGCAACGCCUCAGGAGAGGUCUCCAUUAAACAACCCCUGUCAAGUAGAAAGUGGAGGAACCAUUUUACUGCAGUUGCUGGAAUUCAAAACACAUCUACUUGAGGCUGUAGAGGAGCUGCACAUUCGAAGGGAUGCCGAAAGCCGAUUUGAAGAUCAGAUCAGUAAAGUUGUGUUGGAGAAACAGGAGCUGGAGUGGGAGAAGGAAUCCUUACAACAUCAAAUAGAAACAGUGGAAAACCAGCACGCACAAUCUCUCAUUGACACCAAAAAGCAGGCCACAAUAAGACACACAGAGGAAGAGAAGGGGAGAUACAAGGUCAUGGCUGAGUUAAAAGAGAAAGAGAUUAGCAACUUGAAAGAAGAACUAAAAUCGCUUCAGCUGCUGAAGUACAACUUGGAAAAGAAAUCCAAUGAGUUGGAACAGAAGCUAAAUUUGCAAAUUCGGUCAAAAGACAGUCAUUUGAACCAACUGGGAGAGGUGGAGAAGCGCUUCAAAGCCCUGUCAAGGCAGUGUGCUUCAGUCAAGAAGGCCCAUGAGAAACUGGAGCAAAAUGUUGACGAGGCUAUGAGAAUAAAUAAGAAACUGGCAGCUUCCAAUGAAAAACAUGAAGGAACUAUUGAGACACUAAAAAAGGAGCUGGAUUUGGCCAACACUCAGUUGAUCAAGGCAAAGAUGUCAUCAGUCCGACACGACCAGACCUACAAGUCUCAGACACACACAGAGCAGCAUCUACAGCAGCUACGCCAAACGCUGAGUAUGGAAACUGAAAUGAACAAGAGGCUAAGGGACGAGUAUGCAGCUGUGCGAUCAGAGAAACAAGAGGUGAUGAAGUCAACGCAGUACACUCAGCAACUUUUGCUGUCCCAGACAAAGACCGUAAGCAGACUAGAACUGCAGUUGCAGGCACAAGAUGAGCAGUACAAGGCCCUGAAGCAGGAACAUGAAGUGAUGCGAGAGAAAUGCAAGGCAAUGGAAGACAAAGUUAUCGAACUGAUGAAUGAGCAGCAAGAUUUUCAAGCACUGAAAGAAGCACAUGAUGACCUUCAACAUAAGCACACUGAACUUUCUUCACAAGUGAAAGUCCAAGUUCAAAAUAUACAUGAGAUGUUCCCCACUUUAGCGGAGGAAAUCAGAGGGAGACCUCCUGAUGAACCCCAAUCCAGCGCCAUGCUGCAUGUCUUUGGCAGCCAGCAAAACUCAGCUGUUUCUGAGAACAAAAUCUUGGACUGUCUGGAAGAUACGACAGCUAAGAACAAACUGGAUGGCGAAACAGGAGGAUAUGAAGCCCCAAACCCCCAUGUAAAGUCUCAAGCUCAGCUACAAGCUCAAUGCGAAAUGUUUUUUUCCGUUCAAACCAAAAGGCCUCUGGGAACCUCUGAAAAAACAGGAAGUGAUGACAACCUAUUGAAUUUACACACAAGCAACUAUAACAUAAGUGAGAGUAUGUCUAAUGAAGUUUCAGACCUGACUUGUACUACUUUCCAUCAGUCGGGUUAUGAGUUGGCAACCAGUGAAAUCAUCAGUGAAAGCUCAGCAAAUAUAAUUAACAAAUCAAAUGCUGACUGCAUGUCAAGCAUUCCCAUUCUGACUAAGGACAAAAAUAUUGAUGACAGCACAAGCUUCGUUGGAGCAGACUAUCAUUGGACAGAUACAGCAAAUGAGGAAAGCAACAUCAGAGAGGAUGUAGAAAUUAAUACAAAUCAGCAGAGGAACACUGAAGAUCUUCUGGAAAAGGGAUAUGCUGGACAACCGAGCGAGAAGCUCAAUUCCCAAACAGUGGAAAGAGUGAACAGUCAAGACGACAGUGAAAAGAGUAAACAGGAGUACAAAACAGAAACAACAUCAGCAUGCAUGGUUAUAGGGGAAGAGAAAGGAAAGACAGAAAAAGAGAAAGAGGCCCAGACGACUCAUGAUAAGAAGAGCAACACUCCACCGGACAUUGACUUCAUGGAGAAAAUAGUCAAUGUCUGUGACACAAACUGCAAUCAAAAGGACAUGAAGAAGGUUGCAUAUUACAGUCCUAUUAACACAAACAAAGGGCACUUGCUUCAAGAUGUUCAAAGUCCGACAGACCAAAGUCUAAGUAAUGGAUCUAUUAUAGUUGUGCACAAGGUUCAAAGCUUGUGUCAAGGUCAGGUCCAAACCAAUGUAGCCUAUAUCGAGUCGACUCCAACUGCAGCUUAUCGAGUGGUAGAGAAAACCCCUGAGGACAAGAGAAUAGAUGAAUCAAGUCCUAAAGUUUUCGAACCCCUCAGUGAGUCAUCUGUCUCACUGACAAUUCCAUCAUUAACAGAACUUUCUAAUUCUAGCAGCAAUGUGACUCACACAAAUGAAAUGGGUGGUACAGAUACACAUGAGAAGUUGGAUGACACCAAAAUGGUGUCUCAUAGUCGAAGUACUAUUGAGGAGGCAAAUAGACUGAUGGAGGAGACAUGUGAGACUGGCCUUCACCUGGAAACUGUCAGUUAUGAUGGUGAUUUGAACAUUUCCAACCAAUAUAAUACAGCGGAUUCAAAAAUGUCUAAAUGUGUUUUGUCUGAGUCAAUUCAGUUGAAAGGUGGUAAUGAUAACUCCCUUGGGGUCAGUGCCACUGAAUGCCACAAGCCAACUGUUGUUAAAGAAACCCAUGGGGAUGUGAAGGAAUUGUCUCUACCUAAGACUCACAUGCACUGUGUUGGUUCUAUUAAACAGACAAUUCUACCUACAGCUAUAACUGGCUCCAUCUUGCAUCCAAAUGUUCAGAACUUUCCUGUGCCCAAGCAAAAUACAAGUGGUUCUGGUGGGCUACUCACAGAGUCUCCCUAUACAACAUUCCUUAAAAACCAGCACAGUAAAGUACCUUUGGUGAUCACCAGAGCGGCUGACUUGUUGAGUGCCUCUGGUGUCUCUGGAUACACAGCAUUCGCCAGGAGAUUUCAGCAGGGAGCCCAGAGCGUUUUCGGAGAGAGCCGUCAGACAAAGACGUCAGCAGCAGAUGACAGCAAAGUUUCCUUGACCACCCCGACUUGCCAAGCAUCCAGCUUCUCUAACACACUGCCUUGGCAGCUUCCUUCUGUGUCUUUGAGUAGGCCUCCUGUGCCCAGUCAUGGUUCAAGGUCUGAGCUCGAGUUUGAACCUUUGUGUUCUCAGGAAGAGCACCAGUCAUCAUUAAGAGCCCAAAUAUCUAAAAUCGAACAUUUCCUCGAAACAGAAAGACUCCACCUGCCCAAACGACCGCGCACAGAAAACUAAUACAUAUUUAAAUGUUCUGAAUGUUGUGUUUGCACCAAUACACAUCAUUAAGUAAGUUAUACACUGUUUUCAGCUCAGUGGAGCUCCUUCUUUCCAUUUUUUCAUGACAAAAUGAAGUUAAAGGUUACUGUCUUUGAAUACUGUAAUUGUUUUCAAUGCUGCUGU